GUCUUAACUUGAUAUCGCUACAAGAUGGUAUUUUUUGUUGUUUUAAUCGGCUUUUUAUCGAUGGGCGCUACUUCAGAUGUGGUGAAGAUUAAAUUGAACAACGGUGAUGAAAUGCCAGUUAUAGCUCUUGGUACAUACCUGGGUUUUAAUGAGAACGGGAUAGUUCAGUCUCGAGACCACUUUCUCCGCAACGUGAUCUUAAACGCCAUUGAUGAAGGCUACCGUCACUUCGAUACAGCAUCCAUUUAUGAGACUGAAGGCGAGAUCGGUGAAGCUGUCGUGAUGAAGAUCGAUGAAGGUGUGGUGAAGAGAUCGGAUGUUUUCAUCACUACUAAGUUAUGGAACACGAAUCAUGAAAGAGACAGUGUGACGAUGGCUUUGAGGAAAACUUUGUUAAAGAUGGGCCUGGAUUACGUUGAUUUAUUCCUGAUGCAUUGGCCGAUUGCACUUAAUGAAGACUACACCUAUUCAGAUGUGGACUACCUCGACACCUGGCGUGGAAUGGAAGACGCCCAGCGCCUGGGUCUCACCAGGUCUAUAGGUGUCUCCAAUUUCAAUAAGGAACAGAUCGAAAGACUACUCCAGGAGUGUAGUAUUAGACCUGUCGCUUUACAAAUUGAGGUCCACCCUCAAAUUGUACAACAAGAUUUAGUGGAAUACGCUCAAAAUAAAGGUUUGGUUGUCAUGGGAUACUCCCCCUUUGGCUCGUUGGUUAAGCGCCACGGCUUAGAAAUGUCAGGACCAAAGAUGGACGAUCCCACAUUGAUGGACAUCGCGAAAAAGUACUCGAAAACCACACCGCAAGUUGUGUUGCGAUGGCUGGUUGACAGGAACAUAGUGCCAGUAGCAAAAACCGUAAACAGCACACGAAUAAAAGAAAAUAUAAAUAUCUUCGAUUUCAAAUUAACUGAAGAAGAGAUAUUCAAAAUUAAUAACUUCAACGAGUUUAAGCGAUACACGUUGCCGUCAUUUUGGCAAAAUCACAAAUAUUAUCCGUUCGAGAAGGUCGCUAAUCCUUUGCCUAAUCCCUUUGUUAAAAAAUAAUAAGUUAUAUAUUUAAUUAUAUCUAAAGGUUAAAUUAUAACAGUAGGAACUUUAAUUUCGAAAUAAAAGCUUUACGUCCACGUUUUAAAUACGUAAAAUAAUUUUUAUGCCUUAUAGAUCAUCCAAAUUUCUAAACAUGCACCGCAUAUAAAAUUAUAAUAUACUAGCUGCUCGUUCCGGCUACGCCCGUGAUACAUACAUAGUCUAUGUCACUCAGUGAACCUGCAGCUUUCCGAUUGUGAAAGGAUUUUUGAAAUCAGUCCAGCAAACUACCAUUGUUUACUAAUUCGUACCACCACAGUAAACAGAGAAAGUAUAAAUAUUAGACUGUGAUGCUAUUAUACGUUUGAAUUAAGAUUGAACAUUAU